UAAGUGAACACGAAGAAGAUCAAGCUAGUGUCUCAAAACCGGAAUCCAACCCAAUAGCUUCUUCUCCAAAGAUGAACCCCUCCGCACAUGACUCUUCGUCUUCCGACUUUGCAUAUGAUGACAACUACACGCCCAUCCUUGACGCUAACCCUCCCGUGGAAAGCCCUUUCUCAAAAGAAGCCUCAAAGUUACCACAGGUCAUCCCUUCUCCUCAACAUGCAAAGGAAGACUCUACUCCAAAAGCUAUAGAGGUUGCAUCUAUGAGCUCAUCCCUUCCUCAACUUGUGAGAAAAGACACAGGCUUAGGGUCUUUUUGGGUAAAUAAGCUUAUAAAAAAGGUGAAGUCAUCGUGCCCUCAUGAACAUGAAUCUUUGAGGGAUGAAACCACAAAAUUGUACAAAAACUUGAAGGCACAUGGAGCUAACAUCUCGGUCAUAAGAGACAAGAUAUAUGAAGCACUUGAUAUUGCUAAACUUGCCCAUGACACAAAUAAUGGACAAAGCAACUUAAAGGUGGCAAAAAAGAAGGAAUUAGUGGCGAAAGAGGAGAAGUUAGAGAAAACCAUAUUGUCCCUCACAACAAUGUCCCAACAUAUGGAUGAGGCUAACAUGGAGCUCAUACAAAUAAGAAAGAAAUUGCAAGAAUUGAAAGCCCUAGAGGACGAAAAAGAAGAAAUCAUCUCCUCGGGAAUGAGUCUCUUAUCUGAUGCACCUUCCAUUGAAGAAGUGAGGAAGUCCCUUGAUGAUAUUCGUCAACAAAUUGAAGCACUUGGAGAUGACGGCGAUGGAUCACAACCCUCAUUGUCAGCUGAAGAAGCUCUUGCCAACUUUGAAAGAGCGAAAGCUCAACUUUAGGCUUAGCUUAUUUUUUUAUCCUUUUUUGUUUAGUUUCUGAAUCUAGCUUAGCUUAUUUCCAUUGCUUAGU